AGCCCCGGCGGGCGCCCCCGGGCCCCCGUGCGCGCCCCGGCCUCCGGGAGACUGGCGCAUGCCACGGAGCGCCCCUCGGGCCGCCGCCGCUCCUGCCCGGGCCCCUGCUGCUGCUGCUGCUGUCGCCUGCGCCUGCUGCCCCAACUCGGCGCCCGACUUCUUCAUGGUGUGCGGAGGUCAUGUUCGCUCCUUAGCCGGCCAACGACUUUUCUCCUCGCCUCCUCGCCCCGCAUGUUCAGGACCAAACGAUCUGCGCUCGUCCGGCGUCUCUGGAGGAGCCGUGCGCCCGGCGGCGAGGACGAGGAGGAGGGCGCGGGGGGAGGCGGAGGCGGAGGCGGAGGCGGAGGCGAGCUGCGGGGAGAAGGGGCGACGGACGGCCGGGCGCAUGGGGCCGGCGGCGGCGGCGGCGGCGGCGGCGGCGGCGCGGGCAGGGCUGGCUGCUGCCUGGGCAAGGCGGCCCGAGGAGCCAAGGGUCACCAGCACCCCCGCCCCCCAGCCGCGGGCGCCGGCGGGCCCGGGGGCGCCGAGGCGGAUCUGAAGGCGCUCACGCACUCGGUGCUCAAGAAACUGAAGGAACGGCAGCUGGAGCUGCUGCUCCAGGCCGUGGAGUCCCGCGGCGGUACGCGCACCGCGUGCCUCCUGCUGCCCGGCCGCCUGGACUGCAGGCCGGGCCUGGGGGCGCCCGCCGGCUCGCAGCCCGCGCAGCCGCCCUCGGCCUACUCGCUCCCCCUCCUGCUGUGCAAAGUGUUCAGGUGGCCGGAUCUCAGGCAUUCCUCGGAAGUCAAGAGGCUGUGUUGCUGUGAAUCUUACGGGAAGAUCAACCCGGAGCUGGUGUGCUGCAACCCCCAUCACCUUAGCCGACUCUGCGAACUAGAGUCUCCCCCUCCUCCUUACUCCAGAUACCCGAUGGAUUUUCUCAAACCAACUGACUGUCCAGAUGCUGUGCCUUCCUCCGCUGAAACAGGGGGAACGAAUUUUCUGGCCCCUGGGGGGCUUUCAGAUUCCCAACUUCUUCUGGAGCCUGGGGAUCGGUCACACUGGUGCGUGGUGGCUUACUGGGAGGAGAAGACGAGAGUGGGGAGGCUCUACUGCGUCCAGGAGCCCUCCCUGGAUAUCUUCUAUGAUCUACCUCAGGGGAAUGGCUUUUGCCUCGGACAGCUCAACUCGGACAACAAGAGUCAGCUGGUGCAAAAGGUGCGGAGCAAGAUCGGCUGCGGCAUCCAGCUGACGCGGGAGGUGGACGGCGUGUGGGUAUACAACCGCAGCAGUUACCCCAUCUUCAUCAAGUCGGCCACACUGGACAACCCGGACUCCAGGACGCUGUUGGUGCACAAAGUGUUCCCCGGUUUCUCCAUCAAGGCUUUUGACUACGAGAAGGCGUACAGCCUGCGGCGGCCCAACGACCACGAGUUCACGCAGCAGCCGUGGACUGGCUUCACCGUGCAGAUCAGCUUCGUGAAGGGCUGGGGCCAGUGCUACACGCGCCAGUUCAUCAGCAGCUGCCCGUGCUGGCUGGAGGUCAUCUUCAACAGCCGGUAGCCGUGGGCACAGCCGGCCCGGCCCAAACUACUUUGCUGCUAAUACUUCCUCCCGAGUGCUUGCUUUUCAUGCAAACUCUUUGGUCGGUCAGUGUGUUGUUUUUAUGCCCUCCGCCCCCCCUUGUCGUUCCUGUUUAUGUUCUGUUUUGUUCUUUGAGAAAUAGCUUAUGAAAAGAAUUGUCCGUGGAGGGAGGCUCUGGGGUGGGGGGGGCUUGGCUGGCAGGACACCCCGGGAAGAAAAGGGGAAGCAGCUAUCCGCACCACCACACACAGCAUCAGAACGGGCAGCAGGCCCUCACUUUGGGGGGUGGGGGGGUCCCCGGAUUCCUGUGUCUGGGCGAGUAUGCAUGCGUCGGGCGUCUCCUUCAGGUGUCUGUGCCAGUAGCUUGUGGUCCCCCAUGCUGUGUCCCUCCCUCCUUCCUCUGGACAGGCUCAGGGGGACAGAGGCAGGACCCGGGUAAGCUGGCAGCUGAGGUUCCAGACGAGCCAGAAGCCGGGCUCCGUCCCCCACUCCCCAGGGAAUCCCCGCUUCUCCCCUUCUAGGACAUGGGUCUGUCUGUGGGCUUCUUAGAAGCAGCCCCACAAGAGGCUGAACCAGAACCAGUUGUUUCCUCCUUGUCCGACUCCCCUCCAGCCGCCCUGCUGUCCUUGUUGCGUCUCUCCUUUUUGGCCAUCUGUUCCUGGGUAUAUCUGAGAUGGGCUUCCUGAGGGCUGCCCGGCCGCCCCGCCGCACUGGUGCCCACCCAGGGCCCUCUGCAGCCCCUCAGCCUCUCCCCUGCCCUGGCCCCUUAACCCCCCCCCCCCCCCCCCCGAAAACCAGCUCAGCACUUUCCUCCCCUCUGCCGCCCACGUGUUGAGCUCUGCUGUUAGACCAGCCAGGGGAGCAGCCCUGGGAGGGGAGACUUCUCAGCAGCACCCCCUUCCCACCAAGAAGGAUUCGUUCCAUCAUAACCCAAGGUACCGCCCUGGGCUGACACCUAACUCUUUCAUUUCUCCUACAACUCAUACACUCGUAUGAUACGUUGACACUGCUCUUAGCUCAAUGAGCAUGUUUAGACUUUAACAUAAGCUAUUUUUCUAACUACAAAGGUUUAAAUGAACAAGAGAAGCAUUCUCAUUGGAAAUUUAGCAUUGUAGUGCUUUGAGAGAGAAAGGACUCCUGGAAAAAAAAAAACCCUGAGAUUUAUUAAAGAAAAAAAAUGUAUUUUAUGUUAUAUAUAAAUAUAUUAUUACUUGUAAAUAUAAAGACGUUUUAUAAGCAUCAUUAUUUAUGUAUUGUGCAAUGUGUAUAAACAAGAAAAAUAAAGAAAAGAUGCACUUUGCUUUAAUAUAAAUGCAAAUAACAAAUGCCAAAUUAAAAAAGAUAAACACGAGAUUGGUGUUUUUUUCUAUGGGUGUUAUCACCUGGCUGAAUGUUUUUCUAAAGGAGUUUAUGUUCCAUUAAACAAUUUUUAAAAUGUA